AUGCCACCCAAGUUAAUCGCCCUCGAAGAACACUUCGACUCUGGGCUGUUCCACAUGACAGACCCUUUACACAGCAGACUCCCAGAACAUAUCGAUUCCCGCCUUCACGACAUUUCAGAUCUCCGAACCAAAGACAUCGAUAACGGCGGCCUCGCCCUGCAAGUCCUCUCGCAUGUUGGUGGUCCAACGCCCGUAGAAGAAUGCCGCAAAGCCAACGACAUGCUCGCAGAAGCAUGCAAGAAAAGUUCUGGCAAGAUGGCCGGCUUCGCCAUGCUCCCCAUGCAAGAUCCCACCAUUGCAGCGGAAGAACUCGAACGCUGUGUCAAACAGCUCAACUUCCCAGGUGCUCUCAUCAACAAUCAUCUCGAAGACGGUACUCGCUACGAAGACGAGAAGUUCUGGCCCGUCUUCGCCAAAGCCGUCGAGCUAGAUGUCCCCAUCUACAUUCACCCCGUCUACCCAGGCACAAAUCUCCAAGAGCAUUACACCGGGCCUGGCCUAUCCGACUUCUCCUCUACGAUGAUGGCGACCGCUGCAUGGGGCUGGCAUUCUGAGACAGGCCUCCAUGUCCUCCGUCUAUUCGCAGCAGGCCUCUUCGACCGCUUCCCAAAACUCAAACUCGUCAUCGGCCAUAUGGGUGAGAUGCUGCCCUACAUGCUCGAACGAACUAUCCACUCCACGCGGGUCUGGGGAGAGUUCAAGCGUUCCUUGCGAACGGUCUGGGAGGAGAACAUCUGGGUCACGACGAGUGGGAUGUUCAGUCUGCCGCCGCUGGAGUGUCUCUUGAAAGUGACUCCGAAGGACAAGGUGAUGUAUGGCGUGGACUAUCCCUUUUCGACGACGGAGACGGGGUUGGAGUUUGUGAAGCAGAUUGAGGAGAGUGGGAUUUUGAGUAAGGAGGAGUUUGAGGGGUUUUGUUUUGGGAAUGCGGAGAGGUUGUUGAAGGUUAAGGUGUAG